AUGGCAUCCGUCUUGACCGACUCACGCGGGUUCGCCACGACUGGCUCCCAGACCCAGACCCUUGAGCCUCGGAAGUCGCGGAAGAGGUCCUCCUCCCUACUAGGGGCUGAAAUACCCGGCGACACCUCUGCUCCUGCUAUCUCGACCUCGAGGUCUCCUGCUGCUAUAGAGUCUGUUACUGACUAUGCAACCAAACCACAGAGGCAAGCUUCUAAAUCAAGACGGCGAAAGCUGUCCAAACAGAGGCAAGAUGGCCAGAUGAUACCUGGACCCGAGAACUUCUUCCUUUGGUAUAAGGAGAUGUCCUAUAGACACACAUGGGUUAACCCACUUAUUGCAAUGCUUGUCAUCAUCGGAUGCUAUCUCCCGAACCCUACUCGUUCGAACUGGGCUCACGAUUUCAUCUUUGUCGCAUAUCCACUCGAGGAAAAGGGUCCUAAUGGCGAACAACUCUACAGCAAAGGCCUCGGCGACGGCAAAUUUCUCUUCUUUUACACACUCUUCUUCACUUUCACCAGAGAAUUCAUCAUGCAAAGGAUAUUGUACCCACUCUCCCAGAAACUCCUCCCCAAGUCCACUAGACGCAACAAGUCCACGAUUGCUCGAUUCUUAGAACAAGCAUAUACUGCUGUCUACUUUUCUGUAUUCGGACCUCUUGGGCUUUAUGUUAUGUCGCAAACUCCCGGCCUAUGGUUCUUCAAUACGACUCCUUACUGGUCGACCCACCCUAACAUCAUCCAUACCGGCAUUUUCAAAGCUUAUUAUCUCCUUCAGUGGAGCUACUGGCUACAGCAAGCGAUUGUUCUAGUCCUUAUGCUUGAGAAACCGCGAAAGGACUUCAAGGAGCUCGUUAUCCACCACAUUGUUACCGUAGCUCUGAUAACCCUCAGCUGGAGAUUCCAUUUCACAUAUAUUGGAUUGUCGGUCUUCAUCACCCACGACAUUUCCGAUUUUUUCCUUGCUACCUCCAAAGUCUUCAACUACAUUGACUCGCCAAUUACCGGCCCGUAUUUCGUAGUCUUUAUCUUCAGCUGGGUUUACCUCCGCCAUUACCACAAUCUUUGGAUCUUGUGGUCCGUUUUCUACGAACUCCCAUACGUUGGCGAAUAUUACCUCGACUGGGAUGAGCCACACUACAAGUGCGGGCUUGCUAAGCUCGUCAUUUCCACACUUUUGUCGGCCCUCCAGCUGGUCAACAUCUUCUGGCUUUACUGUGUUCUUCGCGUUGCAUACAGAUAUGUCUUCAAGGCCGAGCUUGCUGAUGUUCGAAGCGAGGACGAGGGUGGGGAAGAAGAUGAUGACGUUGGUUUCGAUGAUGAUGAUACCAAGACUCCAACUCUAGAGGAAACUCCUAAAAUCCAGUUGAACGGAGAAGCCCUUGCUAGCCCCAUUGACGGUCAGGCCACCGGUUUUGGGAACCACAAACCUAACGGCAUCCACAAACGUGCAUAA